AUGAAGCCAACUGGCACCGUUACUCUCGACCUUGGGUCUCAUGGUCAGCUUAAAGGAUCCGUUUUCGCGAACGGCGUCAAGAGGUUCACCCACAUACCAUAUGCACAACCACCAACUGGACCCAGACGAUGGAAAAAACCUGAAGCGCUUCCCAAGGACUACGUUUACGGCAGCAAUGGCCCGCUGGACUGUACUCAGUAUGGCAACGUCUGUCCGCAGCCGGAGUAUAUCAUCAAUGGGAGUAGUCUGAUCAAUACGGACUACAAUUUCGACGAAGAUUGUCUUGCUAUCAACUUGUGGCAGCCGCCUGGCGAUGCACCCAAAGAGGGCUGGCCGAUACUUGCAUGGAUCCAUGGGGGUUGGCUUCAGAUUGGCGACCCCUCCCUCAAGGAACACUCUCAGCCGACACAACUCAUUGCAGAAGGAGGCCUUAAAGCUAUCGUAGUCAGUAUUGGGUAUCGUCUGAAUAUCCUCGGUUUCCUUGCUGGUAAGGGAUUGAAAGGGAACUUUGGCUUUUGGGACCAAAGAUGCGCUCUAGGGUGGCUCCAAGACUAUGCGCCGUACUUUAACGGCAAUCCGACUCGUGUAACUCUAGGUGGGCUUAGUGCUGGUGCUUUCUCGACGCAUGUCCAGUUGAAUUAUGAGCUCACGCGUGGCAACGAUCAGAGGCCGCUGUUUAAUAAUGUGUGGCUACAGAGUAACGCUAUACCUGCGCAGCCAAAGGACUUGCAAGAAGUCGACGCCCAGCUACAGAACGUGUUUGACACCUUCAACAUUGAGACAUCGUUGUCUCCAGAAGAAAAGCUCGAGCAGCUGCGCAAGAUCCCAGCAUCUGCUCUUGUCAAAAGAAUAUUUGACUUCGAAGUUCACACAUUCCGUGGCGUAACUGACGGAGAGAUGAUCCCUGCAGACCUGGUUUCUGACAUCCACUCAGGCAACUUCGCAGCACGCUUCAAACAACGUGGUAUGCGAAUCCUCAUCGGAGAAGCAGAGACAGAAGAGAUUCUCUAUGCUUUAACCAACCCGCCGCCUUCCUCUUCCACAUCCGACAUGCUGAGUGCGCUGAACAACUACUAUGCUCAGCCCGUGUGCGAGAGUUUGCUUUCUCUCUACACCAGCGAUGGCUCGGCUGCCGAUUCUAGGGUGGCGACUGCACUGUCGCAUAAAGAUCCAGAAAAAGCUCAGCAGUUGUUUGGCCUCAUCACGUCAGAUGUGCAGGUCCGCGCUCCUAUUCGUGUACUCUCCAAGGCCUUGUUCGACGGCGGAGUGCCUGCAAAACAUAUCUUAAGGUAUCGAGUCGCAUAUAGACCAGAGUGUUCAGACAAGGUCUACCCGAGACAUUUUGGCGUUACGCAUGGUGCUGACGGUGUGAGCUGGUGGUUCAUCGAAAGGUACGGGUUCAAUGAGAAGGAGACAGAGACAGUGAAGAGAUGGUUGGAGCGAACGCUUAUACCGCUUGUAACAAGUGACGGACAGAAUGGGGAGAGGAUGAAUGCGGAGCAGUUCUUGUAUUUCAAACAAAGCGGGGAGAUUGAAGCUGUGAGCGAUGAAUAUUGGGGGUGGAUGAUGCGCGUUGCAGAGACAUUGCGCAAAUAG